AUGGCUGAUACCAAGACUGCCGUUGACAUGAUUGAGGACCACGAGCCGCGAAAGGGUAGCAUCACAGUGAAUGCAGAUGCUGCUCUACAUGGAGACAGAGCGCUGGCGAUGAUUGGUGAUGAAAGAGUUAGAUUGACAGAAGAGGAUAACAAACGCAUACGACGGAAGACGAACAAAGUCAUCUUGACUAUCCUGAUCUGGGUGUACUUUCUUCAAAUCCUGGACAAAUCAGUGCUUGGAUAUGGAGCGACUUUCGGAAUGAAAGAAUCUACUGGCCUCGUGGGUAACCAAUACUCUCUGGUCGGCAGUAUCGCACCUAUCGCACAGCUCGCUUGGCAGCCAUUCUCAUCCUAUUUGAUCGUCCGAGUUCCCCACCGGAUUCUGAUGCCCGCUCUGGUUCUGGGUUGGGGCAUUGCUCAGACGUGUAUGGCAUUCGCCUUCAACUACGAAGGACUACUUGCUGCACGCUUCUUUCUGGGACUCUUCGAGGGUGGCUGCUUGCCCCUCUUCAGCAUCAUUACCUCGCAAUGGUACCGCCGAGCAGAGCAACCCAUCAUCGUAGCUGCAUGGUACAGCACGAAUGGUCUUGCAACGAUCGCUGCUAGUGCAUUGAGCUUUGGUCUUGGUCAUAUCAACUCUUCUGUGCUGGAGAGCUGGCAAAUCAUCUUCCUGUUCGUCGGUCUGGUGACGGUCAUUACAGCACCUGUUGUAUAUUGGAAGCUUGACAACGACAUUCCAUCAGCACGAUUCUUAAUUGAGGAGGAGAAACCGCAAGCUAUUGAGCGUCUGAGAGCCAAUCAAACCGGUACCGGAAGCCGCGAAUUCAAGUGGGGCCAUAUAACGGAGCUGGCCCUCGAUACCAAGACAUACCUAUGGAUUGCUCUAUCAUUACUCCUCAACGUUGGCGCAAGCGUGACAAACGUAUUUGGACCGACGAUCAUCAGUGGCUUUGGAUACGACAAGUUUAUCACUUCACUUUUGAAUAUGCCGUUCGGGGCGCUGCAAUUUAUCAUGAUUCUGUUCGCUUCAUGGGCUGCACAGAAGUUCAAAAUCAAGUCACUUAUCCUCGUGGCACUUGUUUUACCUGUUGUCGCUGGUCUGGCCAUGCUGUACACCAUCUCACAUACGGAUUCGAACCAAGGAGCUCUGAUGGCAGGCUAUUACCUUUUGGCCUUCUUAUUCGGUGGCAAUCCCUUGAUCGUGUCCUGGGUCGUCGGAAACACCGCAGGCACAACCAAAAAGAGCGCCGUGAUGUCCGUAUACAACGCUGCUUCGAGCAGCGGAAAUAUCAUCGGGCCAUUAUUGUUCAAUUCUCGAGACGCUCCGACAUAUCGACCAGGUCUGAGAGCCGUGCUCGGUAUCUUUGUGGCCUUUGGAGCGUGUGUGCUACUUCAGGGCGCUAAUUUGAUGUUCAUGAACAAACUCCAAGAGCGCAAGAGAGUCGCAAAUGGCAAGCCAGCGAAGAUCAAGGAUCUUAGUAUGUCGAAUGAAUACCAGGAUGUGGACGAUGCCGUGGACUCGGAAGCGGGAGAACAGCACGCGAGAAUCGGAGACCAGGCGUUCCUUGAUUUGACAGAUUUGAAGAACGAUGAGUUUGUGUUCAUUUAUUGA